GGUCCGCUGUGGGCGAUGGGGCGGGUUUAGACGCUAGCGCAUUUCCGGUGCCCUUUCUCCCGCGAGCACCUUGCGCCCCGGACCCUCGUGUGAAGGGUGUGAUCUCUGAACUGGAGUGGGGUCGAGGUGGGCCGGCACGGGCUUCUGACCUGUGGUGUCGCUGGCCUCAGGAUCGGACAUGGCCCAGAACUUGAAGGACUUAGCGGGACGGCUGCCCUCUGGGCCCCGGGGUAUGGGCACGGCGCUGAAGCUGCUGCUGGGGGCCGGCGCUGUGGCCUACGGCGUCCGCGAAUCCGUGUUCACCGUGGAAGGCGGACACAGAGCCAUAUUCUUUAAUCGGAUCGGUGGCGUGCAGCAGGACACCAUACUGGCCGAGGGCCUUCACUUCAGGAUCCCCUGGUUCCAGUACCCCAUCAUCUAUGACAUUCGGGCCAGACCCCGGAAAAUUUCCUCCCCUACAGGUUCCAAAGAUUUGCAGAUGGUGAACAUCUCCUUGCGAGUGCUGUCUCGACCGAAUGCCAUGGAGCUUCCCAGCAUGUAUCAGCGCCUAGGGCUAGACUACGAGGAGCGAGUGCUGCCGUCCAUCGUCAACGAGGUGCUGAAGAGUGUGGUGGCCAAGUUCAAUGCGUCACAGUUGAUCACCCAGCGGGCCCAGGUAUCCUUGUUGAUCCGGCGGGAGCUUACAGAGAGGGCCAAGGACUUCAGCCUCAUCCUGGAUGACGUGGCCAUCACGGAGCUAAGCUUCAGCCGAGAGUACACGGCCGCUGUGGAAGCCAAACAAGUGGCUCAGCAGGAGGCCCAGCGAGCCCAGUUUUUGGUAGAAAAAGCAAAGCAGGAGCAGCGGCAGAAGAUCGUGCAGGCGGAGGGUGAGGCUGAGGCCGCCAGAAUGCUGGGAGAAGCCCUGAGUAAGAACCCUGGCUAUAUCAAACUGCGCAAGAUCCGAGCAGCCCAGAACAUCUCCAAAACGAUUGCCACAUCACAGAACCGUAUCUAUCUCACUGCGGACAACCUCGUCCUGAACCUCCAGGAUGAAAGUUUCACCCGGGGCAGUGACAGCCUCAUCAAGGGUAAGAAAUGAGCUUGGUAACCAGGAACUCCACUCCCGGAGAAGAAGUGGAUCUGGUUCCUCCCCUGGUUUUCUAGGAGCCAGCUUGGGGUCCAACACACCCCCCAUCCCACCCCCAGUAUCACGUGAUGGUCCCUCCUGCAUCUGUCCUCCCAACCCUUCUUGGAUGAACAAAGCCUGACCAGUUUUCGGAGCAGUGAUACUGCUCCUCCCUGUGUUGGCCGGAGGUGUUGGGACGGUGUGAUUUUGGAGUGAUUGCUUACAGUGUUGGUUCCUCCCUCCAGGUCGGGAGGUGAUAACCAUCAUCCCAGGAAUUCUCAAUAAAUUUUUAUUACUUAAACUGAA